CAAACGGAAGAGUGAAAGCGGAACGAUGGCCUUAACAUCAGCAUUAUCGACGGCCGCCAUGGCUUCAGCGCGAGUUCAAGCGUCGUGGGACACAAAUCCAAACCCUAAACCCCUAUCGUUUCCCAAAACCCUAAAGAAUUCUCCUCGCCCAUCGUCGACUCCCCAAACCCUAGAGUCCCCGGCGUUCUCCACGGCCGUCAUCGAGAAGAAGCCGAGGGAGCAGCAUCCUUGUCAGUUCCUCAGCUCCAAUCGCCCCCGCAGUGAAAGAGCAAAAUUGGACGAGCGGUACCUAGGUUAUGAGAGGUGGUUGCCGGUUGCACCUAAAGUAAAGAAACCUCGAUCUAUUUACAAUGCAACAUCUCUAGCAUAUGUUGGGGAUUGCAUAUAUGAGUUGUAUGCUCGGAGGCACUUUUUAUUCCCCCCUCUAAGUAUUAACGAAUACAAUGAACGUGUGAUGAAGGUUGUACGCUGCGAAUCACAGGAUUUAUUGCUUAAGAAGCUUCUCAGUGAGGACUACUUAACAGAAGAAGAAAGGGAUGUACUUCGUUGGGGGAAAAAUAUUGCUACAAGUAAAACUCGAACAACAAAAAGAGUUGGAGUAGCUGUUUAUAAUAGAGCAUCAUCCCUUGAAACACUAAUUGGAUAUCUCUAUCUAACCGAUGUUAAACGAUUAGAAGAGCUCAUGUAUCAGUUAGGAUUUUCAACUGGUGCUUCUUCUGGACAUAUUGCUGAAGAGCUUCGCAAAAACUUCAGAAAAAGUGAGACGCCCAAGACUCCUGAGCCACAGAACGGGGGAAUAACAAACUGUUGAGUUUGGAAACCUCAUUUAAGGAUAUUUGUGAAAAUGCAUGCUGGGUUGAUGACAUCUCCUACUUAAUUCAGCAACUUCAGUUUUGAAUUCAUAGGCUUGGCCUGUUGCAUGCCUGAAGUAAAUGGAGCCAAGCUGCAGGAGAUAUGGGAGUUGAAGCGAAGAAGGAAGACCACAGGAAGAGAGAUGUUGGCCAUUACAACUUCUUUAGCUAUCAAGAUCGUAAGAGAAAUCUGAAACCGAAGCUCAAGAGUCGGGAAAUAUACUAUGUAAGAUGUAUCAUCAUGAUCAACUGGUAUAAAUAUCGGUAAUUGCGAACUAUGGAACUCCAAUAUGUGAGCUCUCUUAUCAGAAAUCGAAAUUCGUUCCAUCCAUUGAGUAAACGAGCAAGCAAACUGAGACCUUGAUCUCUCAACUAGUACCUGAUGUAAUUGUGAUCUGAUUUUAGGCCUUUAUCUGGGACUCUGCAAUAUUUUUCGGAGGUCUCUGUAAUUUCUACAGUGACUUGCUAUUUUUUUUUC